AUGGAGAUGGAGAUGGAGGACACCAAGGCCGCCCCGCCGCCACCGUCCGACCUCGACGUCACCGGGGACAAACGCAAGAGGGACGACGAUGCAUCCUCCUCCGUUGCUGGUAAGGAUGCCCAGCACCCGAUGUGGAAGACCAGCCUCUGCUCCUUCUUCCGCCGCCCCGCCGCUGAUGGCUGCAGCCACGGUGAGUCCUGCCGCUACGCGCACUCCGAGGAGGAGCUCCGCCCGCGCCCCGACGGCACGUGGGACCCCACCUCCGACCGCGCCAAGAAGCUCCGCAAGGUCGCCGACGAGGUCGACGAAGAGCCGGUCACCGUUGACGACAGCGCCUUGGACAAGUGCCUCGUCGGCCUCCCGAGGGGCUGGGCCUCCGACAGGCUCAAGACCUUCCUCCAUGACAAGGGAGUCUCAUAUGCAACAGCAAAGAAGAAGAAGGGAAUGACUGUUGGUUUUGUGACUUUUGAAAAUAUUGAACAGCUGAAGAAUGCUAUUGAGGUACUUACGGAGAACCAAUCUGGUGGAAAAGAAAUAAAGAUAGCAGAUGCCAAUCGUAGGUCUCAUCAAAAGUUGAACACAGAAAGGCCUGUAUCUGACAAUGGAGUGGCAACAGAAAAUGGUACUAGUGUUGAUAUUCCUCCAGGGGGGACAUCUGCACCUGAAGCAGCAAUAUCAAGUAAAAAAAGUGUCCGUGAUGCAGUUACUCCCCUUGCCCAUAUGCCUUAUAAUGACCAGCUAGAGCACAAAAAGAAUAAUAUUGCACAGAUACUGAAGAGACUUACUCGCAAUGCUAGGAAAGCUUGCCCAACUGCCAUUCCCCUUCCAGAUUGGGUUUUUAAAUCCAAGGAAAUUGGUGGCCUUCCUUGCAAGCUUGAAGGCAUUCUGGAGUCCCCAGUGAUUAAUGGAUACCGUAACAAGUGUGAAUUCUCUGUGGGAUUUUCUUUGGAGGGAAAAAAGACAGUUGGAUUUAUGCUUGGAAAUUUUAGGGAAGGUGUGACUGCUGUUGAAGAACCUGUGGACUGUCUAAAUGUCUCAGAAAUUUCCUGUAAAUAUGCUUUGAUGUUCCAAGACUUUCUGCAGUCAUCAAGCUUGCCUGUGUGGAACAGAAUUGAUAAUUGUGGAUUUUGGCGUCAAUUCACGGUUCGGGAGGGAAGAUGUCCUGAUGCACAGAAUGCAGAAACCCAAAUAUCAGAAGUCAUGCUUAUUGUGCAGGUUUGCUCCACAGGUGUUGAUGAGGCACUGAUGAAAGAUGAAUUUGACAAGUUGACUGUUGCCCUGGAACAAGGAGCAGCAACAUGCUUACCUCCGUUGCCUCUAACAACUAUAGUAGUGCAAGAUCACAAAGGAAUUUCAAAUGCUGCACCAGCCGAUUGUCCAUUGAUCCCACUAUUGGUGCCAAAGGUAGAUCAAUCAGAAGGUACAGUGGACAAAACAAGAAUCCAUGAUCACAUCAGCAGUCUGAGGUUCUCCAUAUCGCCAACAGCAUUUUUUCAGGUUAAUACUCUUGCUGCAGAAAGGUUAUAUACCCUUGCUGGUGAUUGGGCCAAUCUCAAUCUGGGGACAUUACUUUUUGACGUAUGCUGUGGAACUGGAACAAUUGGAUUAACUUUAGCGCACCGUGUUGGGAUGGUUGUUGGAAUCGAAAUGAAUGAAUCAGCAGUUUCUGAUGCUCAGAGAAAUGCGCUCAUUAACGGUGUAAAAAAUUGUCGCUUUGUCUGUGGGAAGGCCGAAGAUGUGAUGGGGUCUCUUCUCACUGAAUAUCUUGGUUCGCCACAGCAGGACAUUCCUGUUUCAGAAGGUGAAGUGAGUGGUUCAGUGAAAGAUGAGGAAGUAAUUGAUGGUUCUCAGAGAAGUGAAAAUAUGGACAGCUCAAAGGAGAAAAAUGACAGUGGUGAAAACCAGGAGCUCAGGGAUACACCACCUGACUGUCCUGCUGUGAUAGAUGAGAUAAAAGGGAAUUCCAGUUAUAGGGUUAGCAAUGGGUUGGAAGGCAGCCACGAUGAAUACAAAGAGCCUGUUGGAGAAGAUACCUGUGGGGAAGCAUCAUCGAUCAAUGAGUCUGUUGACCUGAAAGUAUCUGACAGUUUGGAGGACAGCAAGACAUGUCAUGAUGGUUCUUCCAUUCCUAAUAAUGAUGUGACUGCAACUACUGCAUGUCAGUUCCAGGACAUCGUUGCUAUUGUGGAUCCUCCUCGUGUUGGACUUCACCCUACCGUGAUCAAGGCAUUGAGGACUCAUCCACGAAUUCGACGUCUAGUGUAUAUCUCCUGCAAUCCAGACAGUCUAGUUGCCAAUGCGAUUGAGCUGUGUACCCCAUCGUCUGAGAGACAAGAAAAGAACAAAGGCAACCGGGGGUGGCGAACCAUGAGCAGCGCCGGUCUUGCAAGGCAGCGCACAAAAUCAAUGCCCAAUUCUGAACCUUUUGUUCCCAAGAAAGCCAUGGCUGUUGAUUUGUUCCCCCACACCUCGCAUUGUGAGAUGGUUAUGCUUUUCGAGAGGUGAACAGGUAGCCCAGCUCAUCGAAUCCUUGCUGGAGAUUUUGAUCUCUGUUGAAAUUUCAUCGGUAUGUUCAUCCUGUUGUAUGACUUAUUUGACCCAGAAGCCAUAACAAUUGAUUGUUGCUGCUGGAACUUCAUUUUUCAUGUUAAAUGGAUACUAGUAUAUGGAACUCAAACAGGACCACAACCACAAAGUAUGCACACUGAAAGCUGAAACUUAACCUGUGAUCUGCAUCUGCCAUAACUACAGCUUUGAUGUAUUGGUAAUAUUGUCAGAGAAAAACCGUACUUUGGUACAGGACGCAGUGUUUGCCCCAGCCAUGGCAAACAACAGUACUAGUAGUAAUAGAUAUGCCCAGAUUGCAAUCUUGUGCAGAGAAGAAGUUUAUUGGCUGCAUUAUGAUGUAAAAGAGGGCCUACAUACAAACACUAAUAAAUAUCUAAAUGCAUGGAGAUGGAGUCCAUUUCUUUUGUGGUGCCCACUAGACGAGAAAGCAAUGGCAAUGGCAGUAGCAAUAGCUAUCCCAUCCCAAAGAUGAG